CUCCUCCACAUAGCUCCGGCGUUGUGACGAGCAGCAGUAGCCCCCAAACCCAGGUACCGUAUGUCUCCACCACCAGGGUAGGAUGCUGUAGCUUUCGCCACAGAACCCGCUGACUGUUGUGCCGUGCCCUUCAAAGGUCAGAGUGAUGCUCCUGGCGGCUCUGCUGUGAUUUUGGUCGCUGCGGUUUCCACAGAAACGAGACAACGGUGAGCAGAAAGCGCUCGAGUCGCAAAGAGAUGACGACGCCGUCGCCCACUCACAGUGACAGCAGCGGCUCCUCUAAGCACGACAGUAACCAAGACAGCUGGGAGAUUGUAGAGGGGCUCAGAGGGGUUCCUGCCAGCAUGCAGGAGCCUGACAGACAGGAGGGCUUCCUGCUCAAGAGGAGGAAGUGGCCCAUGAAGGGGUGGCAUAAGAGAUACUUUGUGUUGGAGAAGGGCAUCUUGAAGUAUGCAAAGCGUGGAACUGAUCUGAAGAAGGGAAAGCUUCACGGCUGCAUUGACGUUGGCCUCUCGGUCAUGUCGAUCAAGAAGAAAGCCAUGUGCAUCGACCUGGACACGGAGGAUAACAUCUAUCACUUAAAGGUUAAGGCUCCGGAGCUGUUUGAGGAGUGGGUGACGAAGCUGCGUCAUCACCGCGUGUUUCGGCAAAACGAAAUUGCCACGUAUCCCCAUGAGAGGCACCUCUUCAACCCCCACGCCUCGUCCUCCCCCUCCCUCAACGAGACCCUAAGAAAAAGGGCUACUCUUACGAAGCAGGCGUCAGUCCACCAGGCAAAGGUCAGUUCUUGGCUCCAUUCUUCAGAGGACAUGAACAAGUGCUGCAAAGACUUGGAGGAAUGUGAAUCGUAUCUGCUUGAACUCAACUUACUGCUGAAGAGCAUGGAGGUCCUCCACCGCACAUACUCAGCCCCAGCCAUUAGUGCACUACAGGCGUCUAAUUAUGACAUGCCCAAAAAAGAGAAGAGGCCAAGGAGAUGGCGAUCCAAAAACAAUGGCAAAGAAACCAAAACCACACUACAGGUCCCGAGCUGCAUCUCCUCUCAGUCUCCUCGUCUCCACGCCUCCAACCCCAAUCUCUCCACCACCGACUCAAACACGCAGGAGGUCUCUCCUGAAUCUCCGGACUCGCCGACAGACGGGUCCCGUCUGCAGGAGGACUUCUGCAUGCUGGCCAACAACAUCCACAGCACACUGAAAUCAGCCUUUAGUUCCCUCGUAGCGGAAAGAGACCGACUGAGGCACACCAUCGACAGGCAGGCCCCGCAGUCAGCGCAGGUCAUUGGCUUGAAGACCGCCUAUGCCUCAGAAUGUCCAGGAGGGUCUCACUCCUUGGUCCACCAGGUGUCCAAUGAGAGCAAAGCAUCAAUCCCAGAGUCAAUAUCAGAGUUUUUUGAUGCUCAGGAGUACCUCCUCUCCUCGUCCUCUUCUGAGAAUGAGGUCUCUGACGAUGACUCGUACAUUAGUGAUGUCAGUGACAGCAUCUCCAUGGAUACCUACAGCAACGAGGGAGGCAGUGAGAGACACAACUCUGUUGGCAGCAUGCUGACCCUGCCUCGUCGGCGCUCCACACUGCCCUCUCCCAGCCCCACCAGCAGCGUGAGCCUGUGGAACAUCCUAAAGAACAACAUCGGUAAGGACCUGUCCAAGGUGGCCAUGCCGGUACAGCUCAACGAGCCGCUCAACACCCUGCAGAGGCUGUGUGAGGAGAUGGAGUACAGCGAGCUGCUGGACACCGCCAACCGCACCCAAGACCCUUACCAGCGCAUGGUGUAUGUCGCUACAUUUGCAAUAUCUGCAUAUGCAUCCACCUACCAUCGAGCGGGAAGUAAGCCCUUUAACCCGGUCCUUGGAGAGACGUACGAGUGCGACAGACCUGAUAAAAGCUUCAGGUUCAUAGCUGAACAGGUGAGUCAUCACCCACCUGUGUCUGCAUGUCACUCUGAUUCAAGGAACUUCAGCUUUUGGCAAGAUGUUCGAUGGAAAAAUAAAUUCUGGGGGAAAUCCAUGGAAAUUGUUCCUAUGGGAACCACCCAUGUCACACUACCUGCGUUUGGGGACCACUACGAAUGGAACAAAGUGACGUCGUGCAUCCAUAACAUCCUGAGCGGUCAGCGCUGGAUCGAGCACUAUGGAGAGAUGUCCAUCAAAAAUAUAAACGGUGACGCCUGCCAGUGUAAAGUCACAUUUGUCAAGGCAAGAUCAUGGAGCUCUACAGUGAACGAGAUAGAGGGCGUGGUCACAGAUUCAAAUGGAAAAGUUGUACACUCCAUCUUUGGAAAAUGGCAUGAGUCAGUUUUUCAAGGAGACCCGCCUUCUGCCACGUGUAUCUGGAGAGCAAAUCCAAUGCCAGUGGACCAAGACCAGUUCUAUGGCUUCACCCAGUUUGCGGUGGAGUUAAAUGAGCUGGACUCCCCCCUGAGACCUCUUCUGUCCCCCACAGACACACGCUUCAGGCCAGACCAGAGGCUGUUGGAGGAGGGGAACACGGAAGGAGCCGAGGAGCAGAAACAGAGGAUCGAGCAGCUCCAGAGGGAGAGGAGGAAAGUGCUGGAGGACAACAACAUGGCGCACCAGCCACGCUUUUUCAAGAAGUCCAACAAUGACACGUGGGUGAGCAACAACACAUACUGGGAGCUGCGCAGAGACCCUGGAUUCACUAAAAUGGACUUUCCCGUGUUGUGGUGACCUCUGGAUUUAACCAAACCUCUUCACGACAACUUAUCAUCAAGAGGGAAGUAUGAAACUGCUGAGACCAGCCCCCAAGUGUCCUGACAUGCUUAACAUGUCAUGGUAACUCAAACCUAUACGGGCUUCCUCUUUCAGGACUGAAGCAGAGUGUAUAAAAGUUCUGUUGGUUUUGUUGUUUCUUUUUAGGGUACAUUUUCUCUUAUUGUCAUAACUGUAAUUGACAAAGUGUCAGUGUAAGAUUCAUAUCAUGUUCUGUUGCAUCUCAGCAUUUACCAAAGUGCCUUUUUUAUUGCAGUGCCUCACUCCAUCAACUGCUGUAGCAGUUAUGCAAAAACACUUUUAUUCUAGAGACUUUAAAAACUUGUUUGGAUGAUGUUCAUAAGAUAUGUUGACUUCACUGGAGAGGAAAGGAUCGCGGUUGGAAGUGAACGUGUUGAAAAGGUCAACUUGCUGAAGUUGCGUGACCCAAGGAUUUUGAUCAGAUGUUCUGAUCAAUGCUUGUUAUAAGUCAUAAAGUCAUAGGGCUGUGGAUAAUGUUUAUCAAUGAGGAAAAUGACUAAUACUCCCAUGUUCAAAGAGAUAAUAAACUACGAUGGAUGGACAAGUUA